AUGAGCAUGUAGGAAUUCAAUUUGGAAGAUUUUGAAACUAUUGAUAUUGUCGAAAAACUUUCAUAAAAUAGUAUUAAAUUUAAUGAGAGAUUGAUUGAAUUAAAUAAACACUUAUUGUGCUAUUAUUCUGAUAUUCCUCCCUAUUUUUACAAUUCUAGGCAGCUGCCAUAGAACUUUUAUCCUAAAUAGGGUAUUUAAAUUCUAAAUAUUGAGAGUAUAGAAAAAGAAGAUGAAAAUAAUCGCACAAAGAAGAGACCAAAUGUUUUUAAGAUAACUUUUGACAAAUAAUAUUUGAUUGAAUUUAAGAAAUAUGGAAAGGAAAUUGCAUAGAAGAAGCAAGAAUUUAUUUCUUUUUAUCAAGUUAUAAAGAAUAACUCAAUAUAAGUGUUAAAAGAUGAUCCAAAAAAUGCUAAAAAUAAAACAGAUAAACUAGAUUAAAAAACAAACAAGGUCUAGUGGCUCUUUAGAUUCAAAUUUUAGAAGGAAAGAGACGAAUUUUUUAACAAAAUAGUUACUCUAUCCAAGUAUUUAAAGGAUAAUUUAGAAUUUGAAAUGAGGGAUUAAAAAUCUAAAGAAAUGGAGCUCCUAUAUACUUCUUAUAAAACAGCUAAUGGUUCCAGUAGCGCAUACACUCACCCAAAUAUCAAUGAUUUUAAUAGUUCUCGUAUGCAUCAAAAAGAUAUUAAACCCACAUAUAAGGGUCUUUAAUAAAUAGAAGAAGAAGCUUGGAACGAAAAAUACAUGCAAUCAAUUGAUUAGAAUGAAUUAAGUUAAAAUUAUGAAAGCAGUAAUGACAUUGGAGCUGCCUCGGCUAGCUACAAGGGUGAUAAGAUAAACAACUUCAUAAAUAAAAGCCAAAUGAAUAAUUAAAAUAGAAAUAAACUUAUUAAUCCUCAAAUCCUUUCAAGAGGAGAAAUAAUGUCUUAAGAAGAAGAAAAAGAUCAGUAUAAGAACUAGUAAAUGAGACAAUAAGGAAGAUAGUACAGCAUGAAUCAGCAUUUUGAAAAUUUGAUUGAUUCAAGUUAGAUAAAAGCUUCGGAGAGUAUUCUCACAAAUAAAUCUUAAUAAGACGAGGAAGAUAAUUACUAGUUGAUUUUGAAAAAAGAAGAAGAACAAAGGAAAAAGGAAAUUUAUGAAGAAGAAGAAAGAAAAAGGCAAGAAAAAGAAGAGAUAGAAAGAAUCAAAAAGCAAAAAGAAGAAGAAGAGCAAAGAAAAUAGAACAAAUUGGUUUACGAUAGCUCAUAUGAACUCUAGUACCAAGAUAAAUUGAAUUCAACUAAUCUUUUGUAGUAAAUUGUAGAAAAUCCUUCAUAGCUUUUGGUCAAUUCAUCAAAUUAGCUUUAUUUUGAAUAAAGUUAGUCUUUGCAAUCUGAUAUUAGCCCAAAUGCUAAAUUUAAUCCUAACCAAUCCAUAAACUUGUCUCCAACUAAGAAAGAAAAAAUUGAAGAAAGCUUUUAAAAAAAUUAUGAACUUCUCUCAUUGAUUGGCACAUUUAAUGAAACAGCCUAAAAUGCAACAAAGCAACUAAUAGAAGAUCUCAUUUUUAGUGGAAGCCAGAAAAAAUAUAUCCCAAUUCAAGUCAAAAACGACUAAAGUUUCGAGCUAGCUAACAAUGAUUUUAAUUUCAAAAUACUUCCAUCUUAUGAAUUCUUAGUUGAGGCUAAGUCUUAUAAUAAUUUUGUAAUUAGGCUCUCCUGGAUAACUCAAGAGACCAUAGCAACUGAAGAGGAUUAGAGAGAUCAAAAAAAUAAAGAAUAAAAUAUCAAUCAAGAAACACCUAUUUUUCAAAUGAUUGAACAGUUCAUAAAUUAAUAAAAUAUGAGCAACAAUCCUGAGUAGAAAGAAAAUUAAAUUAGUCCUAGCAAAUAUUUGAGGCAAGCAAAAUAAAGGGAAGAGUAAAUAAAAUAAAUGCAAGAUUAAUAAGAAACUUAAAUUAUUUACUCCAAUUACCAUGGAAAGAGUCUUUAAUCAGAAUUCAAAGCAUUGAAUUUGAUUAACACUUGGCAUAUUGAUCACAAAACAAGUGGUCAAUAAACUGUUAAAGUAGCUUUAAGCUGUAUCAUCACAUACAGAGGAUUUAAAGCCUUAGUUCAAUCAAUUUCUUCUGAAGCUGAAGGGCUUGUUCAUGGACCUGUGUUUGAUUAAGAUAAAUAUUAUCAAGGAUAUAAAACACAUCCUUAAAUAGUACCGCUGCUUUAAAAGAUUGGGGAAGAUUUAGGUAUUAAGCCUCAUACUUUUUCUUUAGGAAACAAACCAAAAUGUUAAGUAUACUUGAGCUUUGUUACUGAAGUUCAUUAGAAUUAGAAUAUCACAAACCUAAAGAAACAAAUUACUGAUCCUUAAUAAAUGCAAUACUAAAAACUCUAAACUUACUAUAUAAAAAAUGUAGGAGAUAUAUUCCCAGUGAAUGAUAACUAUUUGUCAGAAAAUUUACAAAGCAAAACUAUUCAAUUUAGACCAGAGUAUCUUAAGAAAUUAGACGCACAACUUAAUCCAGAUGCUUUUGAAGAUUCCAGUCCUGAUAGUGAAGAAGAUGUGAAAGAUAUAGUUUAGGCAUCGAUAUACUUAGAGAACACAUACAUAUAGAGGUUUUUAUAUCAUUUAGAUGAGCUUAAUUAUAACGUUAUCGACAGCUUAAGCUUACAAGAAUGCAUGCACAAGGAAGGUAUUAAUAUGAAGUAUUUAGGAUUUAUCGCAAAAAAUACUUCUCUUCCCUUUAUACAGAAUAUAUGCCUCAUUGAUAUGGUUGCAAGAGUUUUCAAAAAAAUACUUAAUUUUACUAUCAGCGAUAUAUAUCUUAGAUUUAACAAAUUUCUAAGUUAAGACGAGUUCUAGUUGAGUUUAUAAAGAUAAAAGCAAGCAACAUUUUAAUAAAAUCAGGGUAUUGCUUUGACACCUCAACAGCAAGCUCAGUAAAAUGCAAAUAAUUAAAUGAGAGAAUAAAAAAUAAAUUAAUUGGAUGAAUUAGUAAAAGAAGCUGUUAUUGAUAUUCUUAAUUUAUUAUAUGGAAGAGAUGAAGAAACUAUAAAAUUCCAUGAAAUACUAUAUCAACAAAUUAAAUAUGAUUUUAAUUAUGAUUAAUCUUUUGAGAUUAAAUCAUUACAGAGAGGAUAACUGCUUGAAUCUAUUUGCUUCCACUGCGAUCUUAAUAUGGUUUAUUCCACAGAUUUGUUCACAAAAGCAGACACCUAAUUUGCUGAUUUAUAAAAUAAUUCAAAAGGUUCAAGCAACCUAGAUGAUUUAAUUUAUACAUAGUAGAAAUAAGCUCAAUAAUAAAUAUUUACUAAAGAUAAUUAUAUUGAUCACUAUGUUUCAAGCUAUGUCUUCACAAUGGACUGCCUUAGUGUCAUGUAAUAUAUUAGCUCUAAUGAAAUCAACAGAUUAAAUAAAGAGUACAUUGACCAAUAAAUAAGUGCAAUAAAAUAAAAUAUCAAAGUUCUUAAAUGUACAAAGAGUCUUACUUUCUUCAAAUAUGUCCAACUCAAAAGCGCUUUGUCUGAACUGUAUUUACAGAAAAAGGACUAUCUCAACUGCUGCAAAUCAGCUUCAAAAGUUAUUACUCUUUGCACAAAAAAAAUAGAUGAGGUGAUUGUUCCUAAUAUUUAUUUAGUCAAAGUCAUGAUAAAUCUGAUUCAGAUAAGUUUGAAGAAAGAUAUCUCGUUAGAAAUAAAAAAUAAGACUACAUUAGGAACAAAGAAUAUAAUGAAAAUGAUAAAGUUUGUAGUUGAUGAUUACCAUCCUCUGUUUUAUGAGUUAACAAGAAUUUUUAUUGAUGAUAAGUUGAUUAAAAGAGACCUAACCAAUGAAAGUGUAAAAUAAGUUAUGGAAAGUGAACUUAAUGGUCUAACUAGGGCGCUAGGAUCAAAUCAUUUGCUAAUAGCAGAAAGGUAUCAUGACUUUGCAGUAUAUAUGUAUGAUUAAAACAACUAACUUUCUAUUGUCUACUUCGAUAAAGCAUUCAGGAUAUACACUGUUAACAAGGAAUAUUAAGAUAAAGAUAUUGCCAUGAAAUUGAUUAAUCCAAUCAGUCCAUCUCAUAUGGUAGUUCAAGUAUAGAAUCUAGAUUACUUAAGAGCAAAUUGUGCUUAUUAUCUUUGUAUUUUAUACUUUAACUAAAACAAGUUAAAUUAAAGCUGGAUCUUCCUAGAAAUAGCUUUGGAUUUCUUCAAAAAUAGAAAAGAUUCAAAAGAAAGGUUGGAUAAAUUACAACAAAUUCAAAAAAAUAUUUUAGCCUCCAAUUAAAAGUUUAAUUGA